CCGCUCCACGAUCAGAGAUGGUACAGUCCGCAUGCAGUUCGGAGUUGUUGCUGAGGAGGUUCCACUGUUCAGCACGGACUGUUAAAUUGGCAUGCAUCCUACGCUUUGGUCCUGUGGCAGGAGGCUGCACUGCUUUUGAAAAAUGUUACCGUCUUCUCACCGGAGUUACUUCAGACAGCAGAGGAAGGUUGCAUUAUUUCUCCUUUUGUUCAGUAUUACAGGUGUGCGGUGCAGCCAGGUGGUGGUGCCUAAAAGAGUGAGUGCCGUGCUGGGGAAGAAUGUUACACUAGAGUGUAGGGUAGAGGUUGGCACAAACCUUACUCUUACUCAGAGUUCCUGGGAGCGCCGUCUGCCUUCAGGCUCUGUCACAGUGGCUGUCUACAACCCGGAGUUUGGCACCUCCAUCCCUCCAGAGUUCAUCCAUCGCCUGUAUUUUCGCUCACCGUCCUCUCAUGAUGCCACCAUUGUACUGGAAAACGUGGGCUUUGCUGAUGUCGGGAUUUAUACCUGUAAGGUAGCCACAUUUCCUCUGGGAAACACUCAAGCAUCCACUACUGUCACUGUACUUGUGGAGCCAAAGGUUUACGUGUCUGCUGGUUCAAAUGCUCUGAUCGAUGGUGGCAAUGAAACUGUUGUAGCCACUUGUAUCGCUGAGCGAGCCCGACCACCUGCUGAAGUGUCCUGGGAGUCCAACCUUUUUGGCCAGUCAGAGGUGCAGCUAUUUGAUGAAGCCAAUGGUACUACCAGCACACAAGUGCGCUACAUCUGGCAGCCCACACGCCAUGUCCAGGGCCACAUGCUGACUUGCGUGGUCCGCCACCCAGCUCUGCAGAAUGACUUCAGGAUCCCCUACCAGCUCAAUGUGCAGUUUGCUCCUGAUAUCUCGGUUGUUGGGUAUGAUGGAGACUGGUUUGUGGGCCGGGAAAAUGUUCAAAUGACGUGCAAAGCUAACGCAAACCCACCAGCUCAUCACUUCAGAUGGAUCAGAUUGGACAGAGAAAUGCCUGAAGGGGUGGAAAUGAUAAACAGCACUUUGCUCUUCCUGCGUCCCCUCCAGCGGAAUGACUCUGGAGUUUACAGGUGUGAGGUUGCCAAUGACAUCAACCUCCGCAGUCGGGAUGUGCGUAUUCUCAUACAAGACCAGUCUCAAGCGGAGAGGUCAAAUUCCAUCACCGUGGCCGGAGCUGUGAUGGGCGCAGUCCUUGCUCUCUUCCUCAUCGUUGUCUUCAUUAUUGUGAUCCACACUGCUCGCAAAGCCCCACCAACAGCCUUCACAGACAAAGUGAUUGACCUUCCUCCGACACACAAGCCGCCUCCUCCCUAUUCCGAGAGAGCACCGGCUGUUCCUCUGGGAGUCCACGCAUCACAAGUGGCCUGGCUGUGUCAGACCCGCAGGGCAGAGCACAGGUAUGAGCUCCCUGAGAGGCAGCACCCACCCACAGCAAGCCUGGGAACACAGAGCCCCACCCAUCAGCGCUCCCAUCUGGAGUGGGUGUGUCAUCAGAGCGGGACAGACCGGGUGUACAUCAACCACCGUGAACACUACGUGUGAGGGACGGUUCUGAUCACAGUCCACCAAUCACCUGGCAGACACUCUGCCUGAGCAGCAGCAAGCACAUAGGCUUCACCUGAUUCACAGAGCCAUCAGUCCAGAGAAGGAAACAGGCAGUAGUGUAUGAGGAAAGUCUCUCUUUGCAGGCAGUUUUUACACGUACAUCUGUCCUGCUGUAAGCUGGCUGUAACCCAUAGACUGUACAUAAAAAAUGGACGUAGCCACCGUGCUCUCAAGCUAAGCAUUUUUACCUUCGUCACAUUAACUUUUUGAAACCUCACAAUUGCAGGCAGAUCUGAAUGUGAAACUGAGGGUCAAUGCAACAGUAGAAGCUGUCAGUCACAAAGUAGGCCUGCCCUAAAGCUUUUUUUCACACAAAUGGGGACUAUAUACAAAACAAACAAUAUUUUGUAUUAAGUUAGACUUAAAAGUAGAGACUGAGCAAGCAGCCGCUUUCCUGUAGACCGGAUUUCUUUUCACAACCACAGAAGAUGCCUGCUGCUGGCAUUUAAAAAGCAUUUUGAAAGGCACUUCACUUCUCCAACCCAAAAGUUACAUCCAUCUUUCAUAUACAGUCUAUGCUGACACUCUGUUUGUACAGUAAAUAUGUAGCCAUAGCCGGCAGUCUGUUAGCUUAGCACAAAGCUAGAAACAGUAGGGAAGCAAUAAGGGCAUUUCCCAGAAGGUCCAACUAUUCCUUUAAUCCCCUUAUUUUUCAUAUUCAGUUUUGCAAAUAUUUUUUGUUUACAAGUUCUCAGUGUUUGGUAUGCCUUAGAGUGCUGAAGAGUGUUAGCAGAACUAACUAUCAUCCUUCUGGAUCAGUUUAUACACUCUAUACAUAAGGAAAUGAGGUUAGAGAAUAGAUUAGGGUCAGAGUUAGCCACAAAAAUAAACAGUUUUUUUUCCAUGUCAGAGUAUAAACCUGUAUUCUCAGUUACAGUCUAUCACCAGACCAAACGCUGAGGUCCAGUGAGACUAAAUAUUCUAGCUGCAACACAGACAUAAAGGGAUUAAAAUAUUUCUGUCGCAGUCCUGUGCCGUGCGGUUGUAAUGUUAUACUGUGCUUUUUGGCAGCAAAACAUGUAGAAUUGUAAUCAUGUGGAGUCUGAAUCUACCACAUAUCAGGGAAACGACAAUAUGCAACAUUACUGGGUUUUUUUUAUGUACACUGUAGGAAAAUGUUCACAUUAUUUGUUUAAACUUAAAUGGAUUACAUGCUUCAUACUCCUGUAGAAUAUAUAGUGUUUGACUUUUAUUGUGGGGACCCAGAGAGCUAAUAUUUUUUAAGUGCCAUAAUGACAUUUUAGGGGUAUUCCCUGCUGAUAUGUGUAUGCUGUACUGUUCACAUUCCUUCAAUGUGAUUCGAUGGUUUUGAGCUAUUUUCUUGACUGACGUAUGUAUUAAAGUGCACAUUGUUGCCAAGUGUGUUCUCAGUUGGAAAUAUAACCGAAACCACUUGAAAAGCUGUAAGAAUAGAAGAAAGAGUCUUCUGACUUGCUGUGUGAAGACAGAAAGCUCUAGAUGAGGGUGUUCAGUGACCUUUUAACAGUAAACAGUCAGAGAUGGAAGCUCUGAGUCACGACACAGGGAAACAGGAGAGCAAGUCCUUGAAGAUUUGUAAGAGAGUUUGAACUGACGAAAAGAGUUUUGUUUUGUUUUGAAUCAUCUCAAGGUCACAGUCACAUUGCAAUUAUUGUGACGCCCACAUCAAAGAGAAAAGUCGUUUUUUAUUACCGGGAGUCAGUGAUGUGGUGUUUGUGUUGUGAAGAGCCAGAGCUCACGUUGUAAUGACACCACAGUGAGGGUGGAGAUGUUUGACAGAAAUCAGUGAUUUGUUUAGAUCAGUCCUCUUAUCAUCGGGUGUCAAACACUUUCCUAGGGCAACACCUAGUGGACAAAUGUGUCAGUGCAGGUCCUGGUAGAGCGUGUGCAUCAC